ACAUGGUAUCCAUAUCCAAUCAUGGAGCAUCAGCAUCACCCCUAACCUCCUUCGCCCUUUUUUAGUGUAGAGAGAGAGAGAGAGAGAGAGAGAGAGAGAUGAUCUCCAUCAUUCAAUCCCAUGUGCCAUUCUCUUCUUUUCAAUCCCCAUACCUUCCUCUCCUCCAUCAAAAACGAUACUGAUCCUCUCUCUCUCUCUCUCUCUCACACACACACACACACAUUAUCCAAUAUACUUUCUAGGGUUUUGAAAAUUGAAAAACCAGAGCCAAAGCUAAAGCUGAUCACCUUCACCUACACAAAACAUAGAUACCCAUAAUAUAUAAACCCUCAAUAAGGGCACUACUUACAACCUUUCCUUUUUGUUUUUCAGAGAAUAAUAUCAAGCAGAGAGAGAGAGAGAGAGCGACAGUCUCUCUGUUCUAAUUGUUCUCUGCUCUCCUGCCAUUUUGUUUUCUAGGAGAUAAGUGGUGGUGGGUGUAGAGAGAUGAUAUGUAGAGAAUUUUAGAGAGAGAGAGAGAGAGAGAGAGAGAGGGACAUGUUGGCAAUGGAGAAGGAUUUUGAUUCCAAGUUGAAAAUUCAGGGGAAUUCUUCCAAUGGCGGGAAUGUGCAGAGAUCCAAGAGCUUUGCUUUUAGGGCACCCCAGGAGAGUUUUACAAUUCAGGAUUUUGAGCUAGGCAAGAUCUACGGCGUCGGCUCCUAUUCCAAGGUUGUUAGGGCAAAGAAGAAGGAUACAGGAACUGUAUAUGCACUGAAGAUCAUGGACAAAAAAUUCAUUACCAAAGAAAAUAAAACAUCUUAUGUGAAGUUGGAACGCAUUGUGCUUGAUCAAUUGGAUCAUCCUGGCAUAGUGAGGCUAUUUUUUACAUUUCAAGAUACUUUUUCACUAUAUAUGGCACUCGAAUCCUGUGAAGGUGGAGAGCUUUUUGAUCAAAUAACCAGGAAAGGUCGCUUGUCAGAGGAUGAAACUCGCUUCUAUGCAGCUGAAGUUGUCGAUGCACUUGAGUACAUUCAUAGUCUGGGCUUGAUACAUCGUGAUAUCAAGCCCGAGAACUUGCUGCUUACUGCAGAAGGACAUGUUAAAAUUGCUGAUUUUGGGAGUGUAAAGCUUAUGCAGGAGAGCCGAAUUACAGUUCCUCCAAAUGCUGCAUCAGAUGAUAAGGCCUGUACUUUUGUGGGGACAGCUGCAUAUGUUCCUCCGGAAGUUCUCAAUUCUUCUCCUGCAACAAUUGGAAAUGACCUCUGGGCCCUUGGCUGCACCUUGUACCAAAUGCUUUCAGGAACUUCUCCUUUCAAUGAUGCAAGCGAAUGGCUAAUUUUCCAAAGAAUUAUAGCCAGAGAUAUUAGAUGUCCAGAUUACUUUUCAGAAGAGGCAAGAGACAUCAUUGACCGGUUAUUGGAUUUAGAUUCCAGUAGGAGACCAGGUGCUGGACCAGAUGGUUAUGCAGUACUCAAGACUCACCCAUUUUUCAAGGGAAUUGACUGGAAGAAUUUAAGAGGGAAAACCCCUCCAAAACUUGCACCAGAGCCAGGGGUUCAAUCAAGUGAGGGUGAUGAUGCUCAAGAUUCAUCAUGGAACCCUUCGCACAUUGGGGACGGUUCAGCAGGAAAAGCUGAUGGUAAUUGUGGUGCUGCAUCAUCAUCCGAAGGGCAUGUCCAUAUAACUAGGCUUGCUUCGAUUGACUCAUUUGAUUCAAAAUGGCAACAGUUCCUGGAUCCUGGGGAAUCUGUUCUUAUGAUCUCAUUGGUGAAGAAAUUACAGAAAUUAACCAGCAAGAAGGUGCAGCUUAUCCUCACCAACAAGCCAAAAUUGAUUUAUGUGGACCCUUCAAAACUGAUCGUGAAGGGAAACAUAAUUUGGUCAGACAACCCCAAUGACCUCAGCGUCCAAGUCACAAGUCCAUCACAUUUCAAGAUUUGCACACCAAAAAAGGUGAUGUCAUUGGAGGAUGCGAAACAAAGAGCGUGGCAAUGGAAAAAGGCGAUUGAGGGACUUCAAAAUCAGUAAAAUUUGUUCGCGGCUUUGACAGCACAUUCUUUGGAUGUUAUGAUAGUGUAGGGCAACAUGGAGAUUCUAAAAAAAUUGAUAACUCCCUGAGAAUUAUUUAUUCAACAAAGGAAAUUUGAGUUGCACAUUCGGAUGUUCCAAGGUGGAAAGCUGCCCCCUCAAUUUGCCCUCACCUCUCACACUGCUUAAAUUUUAUUUUGUGAUGAGGUUGUUUCACGCGUUCCGUGGUGUAAUCUGUACAAUGUGGAGUUUUAACCGUAGGGUUGGUUUGUAGGAGUGGGCUCAUCAGUGUACUACUGUAUUUGAUGAAAAUUCAUUAAUGAAAUUUCUUUUUGUGGGAAUCAUUAGAUUCAUUACUGUAUAACAGCAAUUUUGAGAUAUUUCCAUUUUGUUUCUUGGCAUUAUGAUUGUGAAUUAGCCCUCCCAUAAUGAAAGCAUAAAGAGUUCUUGGAA